ACCCCUAACUUCUAAAUUCAUGUGCAUAUUUUAAUAGAUAUCUCAAAAUUUGUGGUCUAAUCUGAAAAUUGAACAAACACUAAAAUCAGAUUGUUUAUCUUGGCAUUAUUUGAAGUUUUGUAUGAAUUUCUCACUUCUUCAACAGGUCGUCACCACCAUUUAAACUAAACACCCUUUCCGCCGCCCAAAAAAUACCGUCCACCACCAACACCGCCGCCGGACAAUGGACCUGACACUCUCAACUUCAGCUUUCUUUUCAGUUUCUUCUUCUUGUUCUUCGCCACCAUGUAAGCUUCAUCAAACCCUUGAUUUUCCGUCGAAUUCUAUUCAUUUUUUGGGGUUUAAACCACACAUUCAUUUCAACAACACAAACAACACACACACUAAAAUUAGGGUUUUUCUGGGGUUUAAACUCCACUGUCAUUCCAAAAGUGUAUCUCUACCCAAUAAGAACACGAACAAGGGGAAAAAGAAGAGAUAUGGAGGCAUUUUGCCUUCUGUUUUGCGGUCUCUGGAGCUCGAUAACAAUGUCGAAAACACCCUUGACAUGUAUCAUGGGAAGCUCAAUCCCAAAGAGCAGACUGUAAUUCUCAAAGAACAAAGUAAUUGGGAUAAAGCUUUGAGAAUUUUUAAGUGGUUUAAAUCACAGGAAGAUUAUGUUCCCAAUGUCAUACACUACAACGUCGUGCUUCGUGCGUUGGGUAGAUCGAAGAAAUGGGAUGAAUUGCGGCUUUGUUGGAUCGAAAUGGCGAAAGAGGGUGUCGUGCCGACGAACAACACCUACGGAAUGCUUGUCGACGUGUACGGGAAAUCGGGGCUGGUGAAGGAGGCACUCUUAUGGAUUAAACAUAUGCAGUUGAGAGGGAUUUUCCCCGAUGAAGUCACAAUGUCUACCGUCGUUAAGGUGUUGAAGGAUGCGGCGGAAUACAAUAGGGCCGAUAGAUUCUUCAAGAACUGGUCCGUUGGGAAAAUUGAAUUGGAUGAUCUUGAUUUCGAUAGCAGUGUUGAUCAGGAAGGUAUUAGUUUGAAACAGUUUCUGUUGACUGAGCUUUUCCGAACUGGUGGGAGGUCGAAUUCUUCGGCCGACUUGGGUGCUGAUGUCGAGAGUAGAAAACCCCGUCUUACUGCCACGUAUAAUACUCUUAUCGACUUGUAUGGAAAGGCUGGUCGUUUGAAUGAUGCUGCUCGUGUUUUUUCCGAUAUGUUGAAGGCUGGUGUUGCGCUCGAUACUUUCACAUUCAACACCAUGAUUUUCAUUUGCGGUAGUCAGGGUUGUUUAUCCGAGGCCAAGGCUUUGCUCGAUAAAAUGGAGGAAAGAGGGAUUUCUCCCGACACAAAGACUUACAACAUUUUUCUUUCGUUGCAUGCUCGUGCUGGUGACAUAGAUGCGGUUGUUCAGUGCUACAGGAAUAUUAGGGCAUUAGGUCUUUUUCCGGACAACGUAACGCAUAGAGCUGUCCUUAAAACACUGAGUGAAAGAAAUAUGAUUGAUGAGGUGGAAUCUGUGAUUCAAGAAAUGGAGAAAUUGGACAAGCGCAUCCACGAAAGCUCUCUUCCUCUGCUCGCUAAAAUGUAUGUUACUGCAGGUUUGUCUGAAAAGGCGAAGUUCUUGGUUGAAAAGUCCCAAUCGUACGGUGGAUUCUCGUCGAAGACCUAUGCUGCUAUAAUCGAUGUGUAUGCAGAGAACGGGCUUUGGGCUGAAGCGGAGUCUUUGUUCUACAGUAAUAGGGAGGGCUCUGGCUCGGUACAGAAGAAAGAUGUUUUGGAGUAUAAUGUGAUGAUCAAAGCUUACGGUAAGGGAGAACAAUACGAUAAAGCUAUGUCGCUGUUUAGGGGCAUGAGAAAUCAAGGUACAUGGCCAGACGAUUGCACGUAUAACUCCCUUAUCCAAAUGUUAGCCGGAGCUGAUUUAGUCGAUAAUGCGAUAGACCUUUUGGCUGAAAUGCAAGAAGCUGGGCUUAAAGCUACAUGUUCGACUUUCUCAGCUGUGAUUGCUACUUUUGCUAAGAACAAGAGGCUCUCCGAUGCAGUUGAUGUGUUUCAAGAAAUGUUACGGGCGGAUGUGAAACCGAAUGAAGUUGUUUACGGGUCGUUGAUCGAUGCUUUUGCAGAGGAUGGGAAUUUCGAAGAAGCAAAUCGCUAUUUACAUGUCAUGGAAGAAUCCGGGAUUCCGGCGAACCACAUAAUCUUGACUUCCAUGAUCAAGGCUUACGGUAAAAUCGGUUCGGUUGAAGGAGCAAAGCAGAUGUACGAGAAGAUGAACAAGUUGGAUGGGGGUCCCGACAUUGUGGCGUCCAAUAGUAUGCUUAAUCUGUACGGUGAAUUAGGAAUGCUGUCUGAAGCUAAAUUGAUAUAUGAUUCUUUACGAGAGAAAAACGGGGCUGAUGGGGUUACAUUCGCAACCAUGAUGUAUGUUUACAAGAACAUGGGCAUGCUCGACGAGGCAAUUGAAGUUGCACAAGAGAUGAAACGGUCGGGUUUAGUGAGAGAUUGUGUAACGUACACUAAAGUGAUGGCGUGUUAUGCCACGAAAGGCGAGCUAGUUGAAUGCGGCGAAUUGCUUUACGAGAUGGUUGUGAAACAGAAGCUUAUUCCCGAUCGAGGGACAUUCAAAGUACUAUACACCGUAUUAAAGAAAGGAGGGAUUCCGAGUGAAGCUGUAAGAGAGCUCGAAACAUCGUACAAUGAAGGGAGACCCUUUGCCAAACAAGCUGUAAUAACCUCUGUUUUCUCUGUAGUGGGGUUGCAUGCGUAUGCGCUCGAGUCUUGUGGGAAUUUUACGAAAGAAGACGUGGGGUUCAAUUCGUUUGCGUAUAAUGCUGCAAUUCGUGCUUACACAGCUUACGGCAAGAUCGAUGAGGCUUUGAAGAUGUAUAUGAGAAUGCAGGAUGAAGGGCUCGAUCCCGAUGUUGUUACUUUGAUAAAUCUCGUGAAUUGUUAUGGAAAAGCCGGUAUGGUUGAAGGGGUGAAGCGAAUACACAGCCAACUCAAGUAUGGUGAUAUUGAGCCUAAUGAAUCAUUGUACGAGGCGGUUAUAGAUGCUUAUAAGAAUGCAAAUAGGCACGAUCUUGCUCAAUUGGUCAGUCAAGAUAUGAGAUUGGCUUCUGAUGUACGGCAGUUUACAGAUUCUGAAUCCGAAGAUCCCGACGAAGCCUCUCUUUCUCAAUGAAUAAAGAUGAGUUGAACAAUUUCGUAAAGGUGUAAAAGGUUUGAAGACGAGUUGAACAAUUUCGUAACGAGUGAAGUUUGUUGCUAUGUGCAAAGCAGGUGUUCUUUUGAGGGCCUAAUUGCACACAAGAAGGCUGGCGGCGGGCUGUGAUGUCGAUCGAGUGUUUCCCUCUUCCAUUGCUCUCACAAAUUCAAGAAUGUCGGCUUCGGUUGUUGCUCUGUAUAAUUGCGGAUCCAUAUUUUCUGCAGUCCCGUAAUAAGUCUCUCCUCUUCUUCUAGCAAUCCUGGAGAUUCGUGUAUUUGUUGUACUGGUAAAAGUGGUUAAAUGUUUUGUUGCUUCAAGUAUGUAUAAUUAUAUGUUAUCCGGACUUAACUGAAUCGCAGUUUAUGAUGAGUCGAGAUUAUAUAGCUAAACUACUUACUGUUCUCUAA